CCCGGACGGCAUUGGGGGCGGCCUGUGCGUGGAAGUGAGGUCUGGGCCACCGGCCUUCCGGCGUCCGCUGGUCUCCCAUGCUGCGGCCCAGGGCCGCCAGCCCCCACUCGGAUUGGCGGCGGUAAGGCGCCGGGGCAGCGCGCGAAAUGUCGUCGGGCCUCCGCGCCGCCGACUUCCCCCGCUGGAAGCGCCACAUUUCGGAGGAGCUGAGGCGGCGGGACCGGCUGCAGAGGCAGGCAUUCGAAGAGAUCAUCCUGCAGUAUAACAAGUUGCUAGAAAAGUCAGAUCUUCAUUCAGUGCUGGCCCAUAAGCUACAAGCUGAAAAGCAUGACAUCCCCAACAGGCAUGAGAUAAGUCCCGGACACGAUGGUGCCUGGAAUGAUAGUCAGCUACAAGAGAUGGCCCAGCUGAGGAUUAAACACCAAGAAGAACUGACUGAACUACACAAGAAGCGUGGGGAGUUAGCUCAAUUGGUGAUUGACCUGAAUAACCAAAUGCAGCAGAAGGACAGGGAGAUGCAGAUGAAUGAAGCAAAAAUUGCAGAAUGCUUGCAGACUAUCUCUGACCUGGAGACGGAGUGCCAAGAACUACGCAGUAAGCUUCAGGACCUCGAAAGAGCCAACCAGACUCUGAAGGACGAAUAUGAUGCCCUGCAAAUCACGUUUACUGCCUUGGAGGAGAAACUAAGGAAAACUACUGAAGAGAACCAGGAGCUGGUCACCAGGUGGAUGGCCGAGAAAGCCCAGGAAGCCAAUCGCCUAAAUGCAGAGAAUGAAAAAGAUUCAAGGAGGCGGCAAGCCCGGCUGCAGAAAGAGCUUGCAGAAGCAGCAAAGGAACCUCUACCCGUUGAACAGGAUGAUGACAUUGAAGUCAUUGUGGAUGAAACCUCUGAUCACACGGAGGAGACAUCUCCCGUGCGAGCCAUCAGCAGAGCGACCAGUAAGCGACUCUCGCAGCCUGCUGGAGGCCUUCUGGAUUCUAUCACUAAUAUCUUUGGGAGGCGCUCUGUCUCUUCCUUUCCAGUUCCCCAGGAUAAUGUGGAUCCUCAUCCUGGUUCUAGCAAAGAAGUGAGAGUGCCGACAACCGCGAUGUGUGUCUUCGAUGCUCACGAUGGGGAAGUCAAUGCUGUGCAGUUCAGUCCGGGCUCCCGGCUGCUGGCCACAGGAGGCAUGGAUCGGAGAGUUAAGCUUUGGGAAGUGUUUGGAGAUAAAUGUGAGUUCAAGGGCUCCCUGUCUGGCAGUAAUGCGGGAAUUACGAGCAUCGAAUUUGACAGCGCCGGCUCUUACCUCUUAGCAGCUUCAAAUGAUUUUGCAAGUCGAAUCUGGACUGUGGAUGAUUAUCGGUUACGGCACACACUCACGGGACACAGCGGCAAAGUGCUGUCUGCCAAGUUCCUGCUGGACAAUGCGCGGAUUGUUUCCGGAAGUCAUGACCGGACCCUCAAGCUCUGGGAUCUACGCAGCAAAGUCUGCAUAAAGACCGUGUUUGCAGGAUCCAGCUGCAACGAUAUCGUUUGCACGGAGCAGUGUGUCAUGAGUGGACAUUUCGACAAGAAGAUUCGUUUCUGGGACAUCCGAUCGGAGAGCAUCGUCCGGGAGAUGGAGCUGCUGGGGAAGAUUACUGCCCUGGACUUAAACCCGGAGAGAACAGAACUCCUCAGCUGCUCUCGCGAUGACCUGCUAAAGAUCAUCGAUCUGCGAAUCAAUGCCGUCAGACAGACGUUUAGCGCGCCUGGGUUCAAGUGCGGCUCUGAUUGGACCAGAGUUGUGUUCAGCCCUGAUGGUGGUUAUGUGGCAGCAGGCUCGGCUGAGGGCUCUCUCUACGUCUGGAGCGUGCUCUCGGGGAAGGUGGAGAAGGUCCUUUCCAAGCAGCAUGGCUCGUCCAUCAAUGCAGUGGCGUGGUCCCCCUCUGGCUCCCACGUCGUCAGUGUGGACAAAGGAAGUAAAGCUGUGCUAUGGUCGGAGUAUUGA